AUGUCUGAAUCACAGACAUCAUAUAGUACUCAACGUCCCCAGCAGAAGGAUCAGAUCUCUGAGCUUCAAAACACCCUCAAACCCCUCAACUCAACCUGCCAGAGCAUUCUUACACAACACAGUAACCAGGUCGUUAUGGGAAAGGCUUGUCGAAAAAACAUGGUCAACGCUGAAUCACGGGACAACCGUUGUAUCACAUUACGAUCUGGAAAAAUUUCCUUAUCUAUCAUAAAUCGCAUCGACUAG